CCACUUGUCAUCACCUACACUCUUCGACCUCUACUCACCAUUGCUCUCGUGGUUUUUACCCCCUAAUCUAUAUAUGUUUUAUAUAUUUUUCAUCCACAAAUUAAACCAAUCCAUUACUCUUACUAAAAACUAGGACUAUUGUCCCUUUGAUAAUUUUUCACCAUAAAACUCCUCGACAAACCUUUUCACUGUACAAGAACAAACAGCUCACCCUUCUUUUUCAUUCUUUUUUUUUCACUUCAUUAAAUUUAAUUCCCAGAUUUUUUUAUUUUUAUUUAUUUUUUGUAUGGCUUUUAUAGUGGAUCAACAAUCAGAGUUCAAAUACUUUUGUAAAAUUUGCAACAAACGAUUUGGGUGUGGGAGAGCACUUGGUGGGCAUAUGAUGGCGCAUGGAAUAGGCGACGAGAGCCGCUUCAUCGAUGACGAUGAUCUUGCUAGUGAUUGGGAAGACAAAUUAUUAGAGGGGAACGUUGUGCCACCUAACAAUGAGCGCAUGUACAGAUUAAGAACAAACCCUAAUCGAUUAAAGAGCUGUAGGGUUUGUGAGAAUUGUGGCAAGGAGUUCUUUUCAUGGAAAUCUUUUCUGGAGCAUGGAAAAUGUAGCUCCAGGCCUAGGGAUAUUGCUGAAUCUCUUGUUUCCUCACAAGGGUCAGAAGGUGAUGAUGAUGGCAUCACAAGGAGAGGCUCCUCUGGUUAUUGCUCUAAAAGGAAAAGAUCAUUGAGAAGUGAAGUUGGUAAUUUCAACGCCUUCAGUUCUCCAUCAAGCGAAGAAGAAGAUCUUGCCAAUUGCUUGAUGAUGUUAUCUAAUGCAACCGUUGUCCCUUUAGUUACCGAGCCUGAAGAAUCUUGUACUUCUGCCAGCAAAGAAGAGGAGAGAAGGAAUACGAUGAAUUUCAGCACUCAUGCCAUUGCAUGUAGGCCUAGGGUACCUACGGACAAGGCCAAAGGGCUGUUUGAGUGCAAAGCAUGCAAGAAAGUGUUCAAUUCCCAUCAAGCACUGGGCGGACAUAGAGCUAGCCACAAGAAAGUUAAGGGAUGUUUCGCAGCCCGAGUUGAUGAUAGUUUAGCUGAUGAAGACCACCAUGGGUUUUUCCUUAAGAAACCAACAUCAACGUUUCGGUUUGAUAAUACAUUGGCCUCCACAUCCAAAAAGAAAUCAAAAGUACAUGAAUGUUCAAUAUGUCACCGUGUUUUUUCAUCGGGACAAGCAUUGGGAGGGCAUAAAAGAUGUCAUUGGAUCACUUCAAAUUCACCUGUUGAGACUUCCUCCUUGGUUAAGUUUCAUCAGCUUCAACACCAGGUACAGCAGAUUCAGCAAACCCAAAGACCAAAUUUUGUUGACGAUUCUGAGCCGCUUGAUCUCAAUCUUCCUGCUCCAGUUGAUAAGCUUGUACGGCGGAACCACAUCCAUCCAUCGAGUUUCGAUGUUUCUACAAAAAUCUAUUUGCAGCCUUGCAGUAGCAUUGAUGCCACAGAAAAGGAAGAUAAUCAAAACCAUCUGCAAGUUGACAAUGCUAACAACAACUGUAAUAACUCUAAGCAAAAUGAGGAAGACAAGGCAAAGAGUAAGUUGAAGUUGGCAAAACUAAGUGAACUAAAGGACAUCAAUAUGAGCGGAGGUUCAUCUCCAUGGCUGCAAGUUGGGAUUGGUUCUGACCCUUAAGUUUCGUGAUUCAAUAGAGGCGGAUGGUACUUAUAGAGGAGACCUAGUUCCCCCCCUAAGAAUUUUCAAGAGUCCUUGGUAUAUAU